GGAAACGCUCGUCCCGCAGGUGUUUCAGUCUUGACAACAAGAAAUGACCGGUCAGAGGAUCAGAGAGAUAUGUGCAGAAGAUGUGCCAGGCAGACCCUGCUUGGACUAUUUAAAACUGUCCCUCUGAGAUCUUUUACCACAGACUGACCUGAACAGGAGACCCUCCUCCACAUUAUGAUGAUGCAGGAGACGUUCCUCGUAGCUCUGCUCGUUCUUGUGGCCUCAGUCCACUCCAGCUCCCAGUUUUACCUUCCCAUUGACUGUGAUGACAUAUAUCGCAAUGACAACACGAGCUCCAGUGGGGUCUACAAAAUCUACCCAGGAGGUCCCACUACUCCCCUGCAUGUCUACUGCGACAUGGACACUGAUGGAGGGAGAUGGACUGUAUUUCAGAGGAGGAUCGAUGGGACUGAAAGCUUCUUCAGGCCCUGGAAGCACUAUAAGACUGGGUUUGGGAAUGUGGCUGGAGAAUAUUGGCUGGGUCUGGAAAACAUCUUCCUGCUGACUAUGAGGAAGGAGAACGAGCUGCGGGUCGACAUGGAGGACUGGAACGGAGAACGGAGCUCCGCACAGUACUCCUCCUUCUCAAUUAAGUCUGAGUCUGUUGGGUAUCAGCUUCACCUGGGCAGCUUCACUGGCGGUGCAGCAGGGGACAGUUUAUCUGAACACAACUCCAUGAAGUUCACCACCUACGACAAAGAUCAGGAUCUGUUGGAUAAAAACUGCGCUCAGCAAUAUUUGGGUGGGUUCUGGUACAAACAGUGUCACACCACUAACCCAAACGGCAUGUAUGCGCCUAAUGGUGCCAUCGCGUAUGAAAAUGUCCACGUGAUUUGGCGUACAUGGAAGGGCUGGAACUACUCCCUCAAGACCAUUGCCAUGAAAAUUUGAUUACGUCCUAAGUGUUCAUGCAGAAACUAACCUGAUUUUCUAAAGAUAAACGAGACUAUGAUAGUACCCACCCUCCAUCGCAAGAGAAGAGCUGGGAUGUGUGGGGACACCAUCUCUAACACCCGUGUUGUUCUUGCUGAAUUUAACUUACAAGCAAUAAAGAGUUAAAACACCCA